AUGGAUACCCGGUAUCAGCCGAAACCCCAGCGUUCCGCGGCGAAAGUUCUUCCUACUUUAGUCCCCAGACCAUCCGAACAUGCCGGGGGGUCUGGCCGUGAUACCUUGGACCGCCUGGCAUUGGCUAAGAAAACGCGGAGUAGCAAGCCCAAGGUGCGGACGGGGUGCAAAACCUGUAAGAUUCGUCGCGUCAAGUGCGAUGAAGCCAGGCCAAUCUGCGAACGCUGUCACAAGGCGCGCAUAGUUUGCGACGGGUACGACGCACCGUCGACUCUCGGCGACACUGUUGCUAUGAAAGGCAAGCCGAAAGCAAGGCCUGCCGGUGCGCCAGCGCCACCGGCCAUGGCCGACAGCUUGAUGACCAAGUCAGUAUUCUUGCUGAAGGAGACUCUCCGUCAGUACCUCUCAGAUAGUUCCGCACCGCCCCCCGUCGCGCAGGGCCCGAGGGAAGAAGACGUUGACGACAUCGAAUACAUGCUCUCGUCUCUCUGCCUCAAGGGCGGGUGGACGCCGUUUCUAAAGGCUCAGAAAACAAACUUCGUCAUAUGGGAUGCUUCCAUACAUCAAGUGCCCGAUCUGGGACAUCGGAGCGCUAAACAGCUGCAAGCUGAAUGGAGCUCCUUCUUUGCCCGCAUCAUGGCAUUUGCUGGUCAAGCCCUCGUCAAACUGUCACAGGAACGGCCGAUCAGCCCCGACGUCGUACUUUUGCGCCAGCAGCAGACAUAUCUACGCCAUGUGGAAAAGUGGCGAAAUGUUCUGGAUGUAAAUCUGGCUCGCGCCACUGCCGCGGGCGAAAACCAUGCCAAGCACGCCAUCCGACUCAUGCAGCUACACCACUCCAUGAUUAGCAUCAACUUGAGGUGCUGUUUAGACCCCACCGACAUGGCUUGGGAUGAGUACGAUGACGAGUUCUCCGUACUUGUCGAGCGUUGCUUGGCUUUCGCCAUCGAGACGAAGCCAGCGUACCACGCGCGCUUCACUCUGAACAUGGGCAAUCUUUCAACGAUCGGCCCGGCUAUCGCCAAAUGUCGUAGCCACGAUAUCCGGAUGCGGGCGCUCGAGGUCGCCCGUCGUAUGCCAUGGCGCGAGGGCGCGUGGGACGCCGCGGCCGAGAUGUUUGGCAGGCUCGGGGCGGUGCUACUAGAGGAGAGGGGGCGGGACACCAACGGCUUCAUCUCGGCUGAGAAUAGGUGGACGUGGGUGGACGGUGACUGGGACAUGGAGCAACGUAAACUGGUGGGUCAGUAUGUCAGGAGCGUUCCAGAUCGUGACGGUAACCCUGUAGUGACAUCGCUAGAGCUUGGUCUGGAUGAGUGGCCAGAUAUAUAUGGGGAUGUCUCGUGCUUCAUAGAUCAUUCUGCGGGAUGUAGAGCUUUGGAAACGACUGCGUGA